AUGUCUGAUGAUUACUAUGCAUUUGACAACGAGUCACUGUUGAAAUCUCGGUCUCAGAGACAGAUUUCAAGACAAGGCUCUUUGGUCAGACCUGAAAGAAAUAGUUUUAAAGAUCCAGACCAUCCAUACCAUUAUUAUGCUUUAAAAGCGAAGGAAACUCAUCUUCAGAUCAAUCCUUCCACAACAGGUGCUUUGCCUGAAGAGUCCUCGUUGGAUAUUCCAAUGCAAGACCUGAAUGUACAGUCAAACGAUAAACUUCCAAGUUCUUCUUUGAACACAGUGGGUGAAUAUGGUGAACCAAAUGAAAGGUUGGUAAUGGAGGGUAGCGAUGGGUUUGAAAAGAAAAACAGUAUUUAUUCAGAAAAGAACGUGUCUCCUCCAAUAGAGAUCGGACAAAGGUUAGAAUCUAAGGCCAAAGAUCAAAACAAGCCCAAAGUGGGCUUUUCGUUAUGGCAAUCGUACUGUUUUUUGAUUACAAUCUUCAUUCCUCCUUCCGUUUUAAAAUUGUUUGGCAUGAAGACAAAAGCGGUUCAAAGAGCAUGGAGAGAUAAAAUUGGGUUGAUUUCAAUCAUCUUUUAUAUUGGAGCGUUUGUCGCUUACCUGACUUUCGGGUUCACAAGAACUGUCUGUGUUCCAGGCAAAGUAAGGAUGCGCAACAAUGAAGCCACCACAGGACAAUUAAUUAUUCAUGGACAGGCAUACUCUCUAGAAUCUUCUUCUCAUCCAGCUGCAGCUGGUAUCCCUGGGGGAUCUAAUAUUCUAUAUCCUCCUGUGAAUGCUGGUGGCAUGGACGCGUCUUUCCUUUUCCAAAACGUUAACGGUAACUGCAAAGGGUUGAUUGAACCAAGAGAAAAUUCUACUAUUCCUUUCGAUGACGACGGAAAUAUGGCAUGGUACUUCCCAUGCAAACUUGUUAACCAAGAUGGUUCAAGUAAACCUAACUUCACAGAGUCAGAAUACUACGCUGGCUGGGGUUGUCACACGAGCUCGACUGCCAGGGAACAGUACUAUGCCCUUAAUGCCCCGGCGGAGGUAUACUUCUCCUGGGAGGAUAUUAAAAAUUCUACGAGAAAGUUGAUUGUAUAUAAUGGUGACGUUAUUGAUUUGGGGAUCUUAGACUGGCUAGAAACUGACGAUCUUACAUAUCCAGAGACAUUUGAUGUCUUGAAAUCAGCCAAUUUAGAAGGUUAUGACAUUUCAUUGGUCUUAUCCACUAGCAGAGAAAGAAAUGUAGCCCGUUGUCUCGUUGAACUUGCUAAGGUUGGUGUUAUUGAUUCAGAAAGUAUCGGCUGUAUUGCUUCUCAAGUGGUAUUAUAUUUAUCUUUGGUAUUCAUUCUAUCCGUUGUCGGUUGUAAAUUCUUCAUCGCGUGCUACUUCCACUACUUUGUAGCAAAAAAACAAGGUGCGUACACUGUUGACAACAAACAACUCGCCAAACAUAAUAACGACUUAGAAGAUUGGUCAGAAGAUAUCAAUUCUCGUGGUCCUUUGAAGCCCGUUGAUCCAUCAUUAAGACCAAUGAAGAAAAAUCAUAAAAAAAACAGCUCCAGUAUCAGUUUAUUCAACCGUAAAUCCCGAUUUAGCCAACAAUCAUUGGGUAAAUCUGUACACUUGAAUGAUCCUGUCAUUCAGAGCCUUGAAAGUACUGGUAUGUCUACAAUGACUACACAAUCCGUGCUGAAAUCAGCAUAUAUGAAUGAAAUGAAGAGAAAAAGUGCACAUGCUGGAUUCGCCUCGCAGUCAAGACCGGUCUCCACUAUUAAUCCUUUUUCCGACAAUCUUGAUCCUUUCGGUACUUCAAUGACUAUGGAAUCGUUAGAUCCAACGAUCAUUCACCCCGAUGCAGUAUUACAGCCGCCCCCAGACUUCAUGCCCUAUGGAUUUCCAUUGGUUCACUCACUCUGCUGUGUCACCUGUUAUUCAGAAGAUGAGGUAGGUUUAAGAACAACAUUAGAUUCCAUUGCAACCACAGAUUAUCCAAACUCUCAUAAAUUAAUCGUUGUAAUCUGCGAUGGUAUUAUUAAAGGUUCUGGUAAUGACAGAACCACCCCGGACAUAGUAUUAGAUAUGAUGGAAGACUUUGUGAUUCCCAAGGAGCAAGUUACAGCUUAUCCUUACGUUGCAAUUGCAGUUGGCGCAAAAAGACAUAAUAUGGCAAAAAUAUAUGCUGGGUUUUAUAAAUACGAUGAAUCCACCAUACCCGCCGAAAAUCAGCAACGUGUUCCAAUUAUCACCAUUGUAAAAUGUGGUACAGCUGAAGAACAAGGCUCAGCGAAGCCUGGUAACAGAGGUAAGCGUGAUUCACAAAUUAUAUUGAUGUCUUUCCUACAAAAAGUGACUUUUGAUGAAAGAAUGUCGGCUUUAGAGUUCCAACUAAUGAAAAAUAUAUGGCAAAUUACAGGGUUAAUGGCUAAUUUUUAUGAAACAGUAUUAAUGGUUGAUGCAGAUACUAAGGUUUUCCCAGACUCUUUGACUCAUAUGCUUUCAGAAAUGGUGCAUGAUCCAUUAAUCAUGGGAUUGUGCGGUGAGACUAAAAUCGCCAAUAAAGGUGAAUCGUGGGUUAGUGCAAUCCAAGUUUUUGAGUAUUUUAUUUCUCAUCAUCAGUCUAAGGCGUUUGAAUCGGUUUUCGGUUCCGUAACGUGUUUGCCAGGUUGUUUUUCUGUUUAUAGAAUUAAGACGCCGAAAGGUAAAGACGGAUUUUGGGUUCCUAUUCUUGCGAAUCCGGAUAUCGUCGAAAGGUAUUCAGAUAACGUUACGGACACAUUGCAUAAGAAGAAUCUAUUAUUAUUAGGUGAAGAUAGAUAUCUAUCAUCACUACUUUUGAAAACAUUCCCCAAACGUAAAACAGUUUUUGUUCCUAAGGCUGCUUGUAAAACCGUUGUUCCAGCCACUUUCAAAGUUUUGCUUUCCCAAAGAAGACGUUGGAUUAACUCUACUGUCCACAAUUUGUUUGAGUUGGUCUUAGUGAAGGAUCUUUGUGGUACUUUUUGUUUCUCAAUGCAAUUCAUCAUCGCAAUGGAGCUUGUGGGAACACUAGUUUUACCUUUGGCUAUUUGUUUCACAGUCUAUGUCAUCAUUUUUGCCAUUGUUUCCCACCCAACUCCCGUUAUAACUUUGGUCUUACUUGGUUUGAUUUUAGGUCUCCCAGGUUUAUUGAUUAUCGUAACAGCCACUAGAUGGUCAUACUUACUUUGGAUGUUGUGCUAUAUAAUCGCUUUGCCAAUUUGGAACUUCGUCUUCCCAACAUACUCGUAUUGGAAAUUUGACGACUUCUCUUGGGGUGAAACUCGGGUAAUUGAUGGUGAAACAAAGACAGCGGACGAAAACGAAGGUGAAUUUGACCAUUCUAAGAUUAAAAUGAGGACUUGGAGAGAGUACGAAAGGUUGGAAAAAAUGAACCGUAAACAAUUAUCAGAUGAUGAGUAUGUCAAUAUUGCUUCAAGUCCGUCACAGUACAUGGAUAUCUUAAAGGAUGAGGAGUCGGAUGCUUACAAUUCAAAUGAGCACUCUAAAGAAAGCGUGCUGUAA